CGAACAGUCAUUGCUCUGAACAUUUCGCAUGAGGGCGUUAAUCAAAACAUUUGACAUUUGAUUGAUGCAUGCCGGUAGCGAGCGGGAGAUAAAACAGGUUUGCUGUAAACUUGCCAGCGCUUUAGGCUAGUUAAUUAUUGUUGUAUUAGCCUAACUAUCUUAUAUUGAUGAAUGCGUGCCAUAAACACAUUUCAACGCUACUGAUGCGAACAGAAGCAAUUUGUCGAACAGCUAUUCGCUAUACGAGUGUAAUUUCAAGAGGAAAUGGGAUGAAGCUGGACUCGCCAGAGUUUCAUGGAAUAUUCACUCCAGGAUUGCAGACAUUGCAGGAGAUAUUUAAGAAGUACAACUAUGAAAUCAGGAUUGCGGGCGGUGCAGUCCGGGAUCUGCUCAAGAGGAAAGUACCCAACGAUAUUGAUUUUGCAACAACGGCAACUCCGUCGGAGAUGCAGAAGAUGUUCAGCACAGAAAAUAUCCGUAUGAUCAAUACAAAAGGAGAAAAACAUGGCACCAUCACAGCCCGCAUAAAGGACCAGAAUUUUGAAGUGACAACUUUACGAAUUGACAAAAUAACCGAUGGUCGACAUGCAGAAGUAGAGUUCACUAAAGAUUGGGUUAUUGAUGCGGAGCGCCGUGAUCUCACCAUCAACUCUAUGUUUCUAGGCCUUGAUGGAACUGUCUAUGACUUCUUUAAUGGGAGAGAACAUCUUGAUAAAUGUGAUGUCAGGUUUGUUGGUGACCCCACUCAGCGAAUACAAGAAGACUACCUACGAAUUCUGAGAUACUUUCGGUUUUUUGGGCGAAUAUCUCCAAAGCCAGAUGGGCAUUCUGCACAUACCUUACAGGCAAUUCGCGAGAAUGCCGAAGGUCUCGCAAAAAUCUCAGGCGAGAGAAUUUGGAUGGAGCUGCAGAAGAUUCUUGUUGGGAACCACGCAGCGCACAUCGUUAGGUGUAUGUAUGAGCUGGGAUUGGCUGAAUUCAUUGGCUUGCCAACAAAUGGAAAUUUGGAUUGCUUGGGAGCAGUUUGUGAACGUAGCUGUGGACUUGAACCAAAACCCAUAACCAUUCUUGUGGCACUCCUACAUAAUGACCAGGAUGUCCUCAAGAUUGUAGAAAGAAUGAAAACCUCAGUCGAUGAAAGAAAACUUGCAAUGUUUAUCGUAAACAACCGGGAAGAUAAAGAAAAUGGAAGCAUUUUGAAAUCAUUACAAGAUAUCAUUGUUGCUAAUACUGGGAAAGAAAAAAACAUUGUUCCUUACGUGUGUGAAAUUUUUAAGUACCGAGGGGAGAAGGCCAAUCUUGAUGCUAUUGUCAACUGGACUAUUCCCGUAUUUCCUGUUUCGGGCAAGGAUUUGCUAGCGGCUGGUGUUCCACGUGGAAAAGAACUUGGAAAAAUUCUUGACAGAAUGAAAAUGAAAUGGACUGAUAGUAAUUAUAAACUUAAUAGAGAUGAAAUAAUGACAAUCCUGCCAGAAAUACGAUUGUGACAUUUUUUGAUGCUCGAUUGUAUUGUCCUGUUCCUGUCCAUGCCCAAUUCUUCCUUCUCUCUUUCCCCCCACCCAUCUGAGUUUUGUGUCUUUACCUUAGUUGUCUCAGGCAAUCUUUAAUUUUAAAUAGUUCUUGAGAGCAUAGGUGUAAGAAUUAAAAAAACCACUGUGGAGCCAGGGGAUUUGUUAGGGGUGCAUGCUUCGCAGUGGCAUAUAUACAGGGGUUCUCAUAGGAGAGCACACCUCCACAAAAAAACUUACCUGCUGCAUUGCUUCUCUCCAUGCAGGAGUACAAGUGGGUACCCGGUAGAGUUCAAAUGCCAAAUGUGCAGAUUACUGCUGCAACGUUAUGGAAUACGCAUCCGGGGAGCUGAGUUUGUUUGUUUCAUACAUGUUUAAUCCAAUGAUCACGGUAAUGAUAAUAUGAAGUGCAUAGAGGUCUUUUCAUAAUGCGCUAUUAUUAUUAUUAUUAUUAUUAUUAUUGCAUGGAAUGGUCAUUGAAACAUUCAUACCUGUAUAAUAUAUUCAUCAUAAUAUGUUGUGUUGUGUGUAUUAAUUUCAGUGUUAAAAGGGGUCAAAUAUCGGGUCAAGCAGAUUUUUCCAUGAAGACAUAUAAAUUAAGCAUAGAUGAGGUAAUCAAAAUGUGUAUUUAAAGAUACUAACCUCAAAGGAGGAGGAUGGUUUUAAUAAAUUUGGUUAUCACAAGUGAUGGCAGAUAGAUCA